UGUCAGAGUUUAAGUCUUGAUAUAUUGAGCAGCCGAAACUUUCGUCAUUUUUGUCAUUUUCAAAAUAAUAACAAAGAAAUGAAGUGAAUGCGCGAGCAGCUAAUGUCUCGUGAAUAAAAAAAUGCAAAUAAAUUAUUUGGCAUGGUUGAGCUACUGCGGAGACUGCUGAAAAGGAUUUAACGAGGAAGGGCUUGUGUAAUUUAAAAAUUUAUAUAGUUCCAUGCAUGCAUUCUCCGUCGACUGAAUUUUUUGGAAUAUAUUUUCCUUUCUACGAACACCAAGGACAAAAAUUGUUGAACAGAACAGGUGACGCAAACGAAUACAUUAAAUCCUGCUGCUGCAUACCUUCCAAAUAUUUUCUUCGUUUCAUGUGUAUAAAAUUGACAACGAUUUCAAAUGUAAUAUUGAAUUGCAAAUCGAAAAUGAUGAUGAUUUUUGUUGUCAGUCUGUUGAGAUUAUUUGACAGAGUUUAAUAGCGAUGUAGAUGAAAUAUUUAUUAUUGUCAAAAUAUAAAACUACCAUCUGUGUAUAUACAUCAUAGUUGAUUGCAAUUAGGAUGUAUGCAUUACAAGAGUUAAAAUUGGCUUAGAACUUAUAUGUACAGAUACAGACUUAUACCAGAAAUUAGGUCUAGUUUCUUUGAGUUCUAUGUCAAGGAUUCUCUGAUAUUCGAAGUUAAGUAAAUUUGAUUGUGCCAAGUAUUCGUAGCUUUUUUUCUCACCACGAGCCAAUCAGAAUAUAUCUUGACGUAUUAAUGGCGUUCUUUAAAGUCAAAUGUGUUGUUCAAGUUUACAUGAGAUAAUGCCACUAUGUCAUCAUUGACACUUGGCACAUACAUGCAUACGUACAUAUGUACGCAAGCAGUAUGAGAACACACAUAUGCACAUUGUACGUACUUACAUAUGCAUGUAAAUACUCCGUACAUAUUCCCACGACCUGUCAGCAUCACAUCAAAAUGAUUUGAAUCUGUGACCCUGCUGUAAUUAGACCUGCAACGGGAUUUAAUUAUAAAGAAAUUAAUGGAAAAUUGUAAGUAUUAGUUCCGGAAGCUUCGCGAGUUGAAUUCUUGUUGAUUGCAUCACAACAGCGCUUUUCAAUCCGUGGGAGGCAGUAGCUUUUGGCCAUGAUGUACUAUAGACGUGAUUGACGGACAGCUUUUACCAAGUUUCGCACUGGAUCCGACAAAGCCCAUUAACAUCAAAUUGGACCCCGUUGUGAAAAUUCUUGUGCCUAAAUCAGCAAUUUAACAAGACUGUUGGACAUGGUUUGGCCUUAUUGGAUUAUAGACGCAGACUGGCAAUUGACAAGUCCUUUCCGAAAUGCAGUCAGGGUUCAAUAAAAUAAUGCGCAGUGCUACAGUUAAAUCUGUUUAUUCGCUGUUUGCUGGCUCAAUAUCAGUUCCAACAACCAGUUCCCAUUGUACUUUUAACUUUCGUCUUUCUUCCUACAUAUGUACAUACUACAUUUUGUUUUCGCAUGGAUGGCGGAGGAAAUUAAUUAUUUAAUUCCAACGAUUCAAGCAGGAAGCAUAAGAGAUCAGACCACUGAUUUUUUGUUGGUUUGCAACAUGCAACUCCUAUGUACUUCUUUAUUAUUCUACGAUAUCUGAAUAGCUAAGAGUGCCAUAAACCCACUAGCAGCAGUGUGUAGGGCUUAGAAUGUGGAGUUGCACUGACAUGCCAUGCAUGUUGUAGUUACGUUGCAAAUAAGUGGAGAGGAAAAAGAAAAGCUGGGAGAUUCUGAGGAGACCGUGUUAACACAGCCCCGAACUUUGGAACCCACACCAUUCCACUUUCUGCCUCGAUCCGAGUGUCUCAACUUUCCCACGGCUCUCUUUGUCUGUCACACCGAAAUUGCAACUGCUUGUUCCGUGUCGUACCAUUUGCAUACACAUACUCAAAAACAGUGAUCGGAAAAGUUCUCUGAAAUCCGAAAAAAGGUUUUGGUCACCAUCCAGCACAUUCUGACUGAGGAUUUUGAUUCUCCUUUUGGAACGGCUGAAUACAUCCAACAAUAACGCUCAUUAGAUCAGCAGAGACUGGAAGUGGACUGGAAAGACUUUCUCUCCUUCGUUUGGGAGAAGGAAAAAGAAUGCUGAGGCAGAAAAAAUCAAUCUGAUUGAAUACUCAAAUCGUCAACACGUGAAUUCAGUUCAACUGGUCCCUUCGUUAUAAUAAAUACAUUUUGUAGUCAGUAACACCUGCACUCAAGUUUCCUCGCAACUUUGAACUUUUUGAAUUACAAAUUGAGGGGUGUGUGGACUGGUGUGUCGUAGCGUGGGUGAGCGGUUGAGUAAUGCCAACAGGGUGAACUUUCUCAACUUAAAUUGUCAAUUGGGUGUUACUGACCGUCCAACAAAACCACACCACUUUCAGACGGGUCACAAAACAUGUCACGGUGGGGGCUUGUGCAGAAAAAGGAAGAGUAAAGUGAUGAGGGUACGAAUUCGUUGACAAGUGUUGGUGCAGAACUUAGCUGCUGACUUGACGAAACAUUGUGGUUGUUUUUGCAAACUUGUUCAACAUUAUACCAGACAGGAAAUAAGGGGAGCAAUCUAGUCGCCGUUUCUAAAUUCAGUUUGGAUGAAGAGGUACAGAAGCCACAAAACCACUCAUGAAGGAAUUCAUGAAGUGAUUUGAGCCAAAACGCAAAACUAAAGCUCAUAUUCGCCAUGGAGGGUGAGCAACAGGACGAAAUUGAUCUGCUUCAGUACGCAAAUUGUUCUCAGGGUCAUGAGCUUGAAUUCGGCUCCAAUAACUGCAGUUUGAUUCUUCACCCGGACUGGAUGGAAGAAGACGGCAACUUUAGCAUCCGAUUGAACGAUUCUCACUCCAUAACAUGUCCCGACAGUUCAGAUGCAAGUUUAGAAGGCGGAGAUCUUUUUCGUUUCAUUGUGUUGGGUAUUGGAAUCAGUGUCGUUGCGAUUCUUGGAAUUAUCGGCAACGGACUGAGCGCUGUGGUGUUGAGUCGACCACAAAUGAAGUCCUCGGUGACAUGCUUGCUACUGGGUCUCACUUUCUGCGAUACUCUUCUGAUUUCCAUAUCAAUCUUUGUAUAUAGUAUGCCCUACAUGUCCAUCUACAUUAAAUCACCCUUUCUACUCCAGUACUACUAUUUAUAUUACCCAAUCGUCGCUCCGUGGCUGUAUGCUACCAGCAUCACCGCCCAAACCGCUUCAGUUUAUCUGACAGUUGCAGUUACGAUUGAAAGAUACAUCGCAGUCUGUCAUAGCUUGCAAGCGAGGUCGAUCUGCACGUGGCGGCGAGCUAGAAUGUGCGUCGUUGCGGUGCUGACUUUCUCCAUCACCUACAAUCUGCCUCGUUGGUUCGAAGUAAUCACCGUCCCAGACGAAUGCGCAAGAAUGAGGACCAAUGUGACCACGUAUAUGAACGAAAUGUCCGAGCUGCGAGGAAAUGAGUAUUACAUCAAAUUUUACAUCAACUGGGCAUAUUGUAUCAUCAUGUACUUGAUUCCAUUCUCUGGACUGGUCGUCUUCAAUUUCUGCAUUUAUCGCCAGGUACGAAAGGCGAAUCGGGAGAGAGCCCAAUUGUCAAAAUUACAGAAGAGGGAAAUGGGGUUGGCCUCUAUGCUGUUGAUUGUCGUGGUGGUUUUUCUUAUGUGUAACAUCUUGCCCCUUGUUAAUAACAUACUCGAAUCAAUCUGGAAUGUUGAAGUGGAAAAGUUGAUCGCACUUUCCAACUUUCUGGUCAUUUUUAACUCGUCCGUCAAUUUCGUAAUUUAUUGCACCUGUGGAGAACGGUUCCGUCGACUGCUGAUUCGUCUAUGUCGAGAUUUCAUGUGGUGCCGAGUGAAAGGAAAGCAAGGGUCGAAUGGGUUCUACAGAAAAUCCCAGUACUAUCGCAGUCAACACGGCGGAGAAUUCGAAGAGAUGAGUUUGGCAAGCAUGGCAAAUCAUACUUGUAUUACAACGUCGAACGGAAUUACGGGAAACGGAACAAUGCUCGUGGAUUUGUCCGGCGGUGAGAGACCCAAACAUUUGCGGAAUCCUUACCGGGAGCGAAAUAAAACUAUUCCAAUUCUCCACAACUACAACAACCGUCAUGUUAGUUCAAACGGAAAUGGGCAAAAUGGCAAACAUGUUGAUCGCAGGGUUUCAUCUCCUUCGGGUCCACGCCAAUAAGAAGACAACAAUUCUCAUAUGACCAAAGCUCUAAAAAUCUGCUUUCAAUUAAAAAAUUUGGGGUAACUCACUCAAGAUGACAUGACUUGAACGAGUAUUUAUCAAAAACCAAAGAAAUUAUCCGAGACUUAUACUUAGAAAAUUUAUCCAUUUAUUGUAUCACCCCAGCAUUAGAGUUUAUUCAGAAAGGUUGGAAAUUAAUUGACGAAUUAUAUAAAUAUGAUAGAAUCGUAAAGUACAAUCCAAGAAACCCCUGUAAUUUCCUAAUAUAAUAAUGUAUUCGAAUGUUGUGGCUGAGGACUUUCCAAUUGUAUUUACUCCAUUAAUUGUGGAUCUGAUUAUUUAGAUUAAGAUUAUUUGAGACGCUUUGAGAUAAUUUAUGAAAUAUUUCGUAUUGUUAUUGCCGUAACUCGUUACGGGAGCAGUUGUACAAUCUAGAAAUAUAAACCAAUUAGUCGUUUUAUAAGUGUAUACGAAGUUAUUUUUUACAUUGUCCAACAAUAUUUUUAAUGUUAUGGGAUAUGGACUGAACCAUAGGAAAUAGGCAAUUGAUCUACCAAAUACGUAGUUAGUCCCCAGAGGAUGAUUGUGAUACUUGUGUAGCAUAGUCCACGUGAUGCAUCAUACAGUUGAUUGAUUCUCAGCACUACCAAAUUAAAAAAGUCAUGUCGCACUUCGAGAUAUAUAAUAUAUAUGCUACAGUAUUAUUGUUGUGUUUAAUGUCGGAGAAAUAUUUACGUAAUGUGUGACUCACUUAUGUAACUAUGUAGCACCCUUUGCGGUGAUCUAAAUAGUGUUUGCGAUUUCGACUAGUUGUUUUAUUUCGUAACAGAUUAUCUGAGUUGAAUAAAUUGAUUUAUGUAUAUGGGAACCCUGAAUUGAAAUUGAA